UAAACUACCGAAUAAAGUAAAAAAUAAAAAUAAGAAAAUGUCUGGUCGUGGAAAAGGAGGCAAGGGUUUGGGGAAAGGAGGCGCCAAGCGUCACCGCAAAGUCCUCCGCGACAACAUCCAGGGCAUCACCAAGCCCGCCAUCCGCCGCCUGGCUCGCCGCGGCGGCGUCAAGCGCAUCUCGGGCCUCAUCUACGAGGAGACUCGCGGCGUGCUCAAGGUCUUCCUGGAGAACGUCAUCCGAGACGCCGUCACCUACACCGAGCACGCCAAGAGGAAGACCGUCACCGCCAUGGAUGUGGUCUACGCCCUCAAGCGGCAAGGACGCACUCUCUACGGCUUCGGCGCUCACGCGAAGAUGGCGAGAACCAAGCAGACCGCUCGUAAGUCCACCGGAGGCAAAGCGCCCAGGAAGCAGCUGGCCACCAAGGCCGCCCGCAAGAGCGCCCCGGCCACCGGCGGCGUCAAGAAACCUCACCGCUACAGGCCCGGCACCGUGGCCCUCCGCGAGAUCCGCCGCUACCAGAAGUCCACCGAGCUGCUCAUCCGCAAGCUGCCCUUCCAGCGUCUGGUCAGGGAGAUCGCUCAGGACUUCAAGACCGACCUGCGCUUCCAGAGCUCGGCCGUCAUGGCUCUGCAGGAGUCCAGCGAGGCUUACCUAGUCGGCCUGUUCGAGGACACCAACCUGUGCGCCAUCCACGCCAAGCGGGUCACCAUCAUGCCCAAGGACAUCCAGCUGGCUCGCAGGAUCCGCGGGGAGAGAGCUUGAACUCGCCGCCUCGCAACCAACAACGGCUCUUCUAAGAGCCACCGACGUUUUACAUUCAAAGACCAAUUCCGUUCUGUGUCAUCAAAUGUCAUAAUCAUAGAAAUCUGCAUACGAUAGUAGUGUAUACAUGCAAAAAAAGGCAGUCAACACACAACUAAGCAACGUAUGAUUGCUAAAAUGUA